CGUCGCUGGAUUUGUGUAGUAAUUGAAAAGGGUAAAUUUUCCCAGACAAAAUGGAUGAAUCGGUUAGUUACUGGUUGCUUUCGAUCGUGUUGGUCCUAUCAAUGUUGUUCGUUUUGGAACUGGUGCAAAGAAAAGGACGACUGUUCCGUGCUUUGAAUAAAUUCGGAGGACCCCCAGUUCGUCCUUUCAUUGGAACAUUGGGAGAAAUAAUGUUCAUGAACCAAGCGAAAACAUUUCGAUAUGCACGUAUUUGGGCCAAGCGAUACAAAGGUUCAUACCGAUUCCUUUGGUACAAUUGGUUCUAUGUGCUGAAUGUGGUGCGGGUACGUGAAGCUGAGCCGUUGUUAUCGAGUACAAAGAACAUCGAUAAGAGUCGAUUCUAUGGCUUCCUGCAUCCACUGUUGGGUUUGGGAUUGUUGAAUAGCACUGGUCAAAAAUGGAUGCAUCGACGCCGAAUCCUAACACCUACAUUUCAUUUCAACAUACUCAACGGCUUCCAUCAAACUUUUGUCGAAGAAUGUGAUCAAUUAAUCGCUGCCCUGUCCGAAGAUGCCAGCUCCGGAAAAGCAACCAAACUACAACCGGUGAUGUCUAGGUUUACUCUGAGUACAAUUUGCGAGACAUCUAUGGGUGUAAAAUUAUCAACGAUGGCAGGAGCUGAUGAAUAUCGACAGAAACUAUACGAAAUCGGAGAAAUGCUGGUUCAUCGACUCAUGCGACCAUGGCUGCACAAUAAUUUGGCAUGCAUUCUCACGGGUUAUCAGAACGCUUUGCAGAAAUUGUUGCUUCCAGUUCACUUUUUUACCACUGGUAUUAUUAAUCAACGAAGGCAGGAGUUCCAGCAAACUACGGUUGAUAAAGCCGAAAUCAUCACCGAAGAAAAUCUUUAUACAAGCACAAAGAAACGAUAUGCUAUGCUGGACUCGUUGUUACUAGCGGAACAGAAGCAACAAAUCGAUGGUGAAGGAAUCCGGGAAGAAGUUGAUACGUUUACCUUUGAAGGACACGACACAACCGCAUCGGCAUUGGUGUUCAUAUUUUUCACUCUAGCUAGAGAGCAACAGGUUCAAGAGCGCAUUUAUGAGGAAAUCUGUGAAGUGCAAAAUCGAAAAUCAGUCAAAGAUGAACCAUUCAAUUCACAGGACUACGCCGACAUGAACUUCAUGGAUCGUGCGAUCAAAGAAUGUCUCCGGCUCUGGCCCCCGGUGCCAUUCAUUUCGCGAACAGUGUCCGAAGAUAUUGUACUGUCCGAUGGGAACAUCAUACCGGCGGGUGUCAUUGUUAACAUUCACAUCUUCGAUUUGCAUCGAGAUCCGGAACAGUUUCCUGAUCCUGACGUUUUUGAUGCGGAUCGUUUUCUACCGGAGAACGUAGACCGUCGAAAUCCGUAUGCGUACGUUCCGUUCAGCGCAGGACCACGGAACUGUAUCGGACAGAAGUAUGCAAUGAUGGAGCUUAAGGCUGUUGUCACACAUACGUUACGGCAGUUCAGGGUUCUGCCGAAAACUCGUCUAGAAGAGAUCAAUUUUGUAGCGGAUCUAGUGCUGCGUAGUACUAAUCCGAUUGAGGUGAAAUUCGUGAAAAGAACGGCAAACUAACCAGUGCGAAGCAGAAGUUAGAAUUUAGGUUUGAUAGAUCGCAACGAAGAGUAAAAUAUUGGAAUAAUAAAGUUUUAGGUUUAAACCGUAUUUGUAUCCAUAUGCUGCAAGGUACGAUCAAGAAUACUUAGGCUGUGAACAAUUUCGCGGUGAAUUUUAAGUUUUGGUGAAACCUGACACUUGAGUGGUUAUUUUGUGUCGAUUAGUUAAAUUUAAACUAAAACUGCGGCCCAUUUCAAAGUUUGACGGACGGAAAGUUAUUUGGGUUUGUGGAAAUAAUUUCAACUAGAGAAUUAAUAUUAGAA